UAAGUCUGGUAGGAAUUCAUUAACAACAAAGGAAAAUGUAUAAUUUAGUGGUGGUUUUGUUUUGUUUACAUUAUAUAAUUCUUUCUCCUCAAGUAUCUGCUUCAAAGAGAGGAAGAAUAUUAUCAUACGCACUUCCUGAGAGCCGUCUUCUAAAGAAAGCUUUCGGUUACGAUGAAGAUACAUACCUUAACUUUACUGAGCUAACUCAUAAAUAUGAUUAUCCUACAGAGGAGCAUACCGUUACAACCGAAGAUGGAUAUAACCUUAAAGUAUUUCGGAUAUUCUCAAAGUGUGAUACUGCAAAAGGAUACCCAGUUAUAUUAUUGCAUGGAGUGUAUGAUAGUUCAGAUACAUGGAUUUUUGCGGGCCCUAAACUAGGAUUGGGAUACAUUUUAGCUAAUAAUUGUUACGACGUGUGGGCUGCGAACCACAGAGGGAAUACAUAUUCACGCAGUCACAUUUCAUUGAACCCUGACACUGACCCCGAAUUUUGGAAUUAUUCUUUUGAUGAGCAUGGAAAUUUCGAUUUGCCAGCUAUUAUCGAUUUUGUAAUAAAUAAAACGGACAAACCAAAAGUUUAUUACAUAGGACAUUCCCAAGGUACUACGGAUUUCUUCGUAAUGGGAUCACUGCGACCUGAGUACAAUAAUAAAGUUCAUUUAUCCGUUCACCUUGCUCCAGUCGCGUGGCUGAAAUAUUUACAAAGUCCAAUACCAAAAUUACUCGCUCCACAGACAAAAUUAUUUAAAACCUUAUUGGACGAUUUGGGCUUCAGAGAACUUUUCGCUAAGCAGCAGAUCUUGCAUUUCAUUCUAGAGAAAUUGUGCCAAAUUGCUCCAGAACCGAUUUGCGGAAUUGGUUUAACAGUGGCAACCGGUUACAAGCAUGCAAGUAUAUCGCCGAGAACAAUAUCCGUGGCAUUUGGUCAUUUGCUGGUCGGCGGUUCCGCUAAAACCUUGGCUCAUUUUGGACAACUUAUACACUCAAAAAAGUUUCAACGUUACGACGAAGGAAAAGAAGGUAAUAUUGAGAGAUAUGGAGCUGAGAAACCACCAGAGUACAAUAUUACUCUAGUUACUUCACCCGUGCUACUCGUGUGCGGUAAAAGCGACUGGCUAUCAUCGCUGGCAGAUAUAAACGAGCUGAGUUCUAGACUACCGAAUUUAGUGGAAGAAUAUGUAGUGCCAGAUCCCAGCUGGAGCCAUAAUAACCACGUUUGGGGUAUCAAUGCACCAAAGUAUGUAUUCGACAAAAUACUCGGUUAUUUUAAAGUCUAUGAUGAUAUGAGAUAAAAUAGACGAGACAUAAUUAAAUAUGGAUACGAGUAUCUACAGCUAAUAGAAAUUCCCGGUUGAAACCCGGAAUUGGCAUGGAGUGUUAACUUGAGUCAUUUAAUUGAUUCAAGACCGAAACAUUAAACCAGAAAAAUUAUAAUACCUACCAAAGUCUUUAGGUAACCUUAAAGAUCACGAACAAAUGUAAAUUAAAUGUUUUUCUUAUUCCAAGGCGGAAAAAUACUUACAUAAUAAGGACAGUCGUGGAGAAACGAGAUUUUUUUAUUAGUGAAUAAUGAUAAUAUUCAUUAUUUUGAUGGAAUAAUAAUUUUACCUUGUUUACCAAAUACGCUCGCUGAUAAGUGCUCGAAACUUCGGGAUAAGUAAUAAAAUGAAUAAAUCGCGUUUCAAAUCCGUUAAAAGUUUUUAAUUUCUUGAAAAUAAUUGAAUUAAUUUGAAAAUAAAAAAGAGCAAAAAUAUAAACUAUAGAGAAUUCCAUUGAUUUCAUAUUUUUGUAAGGACAUUAGUCUGGAGAUUGCAAUUUACUAAUGUGAAAAAGUAAGGAUAAAAAUGACUCUAUAAAUCUAAAUAAUACCUUUUUACCUUUGGCCGUGAUUUCGCUCUCGUUUUAAUUGUAAAUCUUGAAUUCCAUUCAUAUUCUUGAAUCUACCUAUAUAAAGACACACUACAAAUUUCAAUGAAAUCGGUCCAGCCUUAUAUAUUUUAUCCAGAAGGGUAAUAUAGAGUAGUAUAUAGCAUAAUAUAGAGUUCUCAUAGAUAAAGCGGGCAAAGAAUAAGAAAAUAGAAGAAAAUUUUAUAUUAUUUUACAAAUUAUUUUAAUACCGAAUACUGUAUUUAAUUACUUUAUUAUAUUGUUCCAGUAUUAAUUACUUUAAUACUGGAACAAUUAUAUCGAUUAAAACCUUUGACUGUGUCGCUUUCCUUAGUUUAUUUAUAGAUAUUACAGAGCCUACAAAACAAUGUAAUUUACAAAUAGAAGCCGUGUAGCCAAUUUAUGCAUUUUAUUGGCAAAUAUCUCUUUAAAAUUCUACGCAUGACGUUCCUUUGCAGUCUGCAUUGUUCCUAGUAACUGUAUCGAUUUAUAUCGAAGCAUUUAAAAUUGUAAUCAAAUUAAAUGAAUGUUAAAAUUUA